UAUUCAAUAACACAAGUUCCAUUCAUAUGCUUCCAACCACUCUAAAAUUCAGUUCUUCUUCUUCUUCCUCUUCUUCUUCUCAUUUCAAGCGUCCAAAUCAAUGACUAUAACAGAGAUGUGGACUCAACUAGGCUCGGUAAUCGCCGGCCUAAUGUUUGGUUGGGCUAUGUUUCAGCAGUACUUCCCACAUCAACUCCGGGGAUCUUUUAACAGAUACACUCAGAGAUUAGUGGGUUUUGUUUACCCUUAUCUACAAAUUACUUUCCAUGAAUACACAGGAGAACGUCUUAAGCGCAGCGAGGUCUACUCCGCCAUUCAAAGCUACCUCAGCGCCAACUCUUCCAUGCGUGCCAAUAAGCUCAAAGCUGACGUUGUCAACAAAAGCCACUCUGUGGUUCUCAGCAUGGACGAUCAUGAAGAGAUUACUGAUGAUUUUAAUGGUAUUAAAAUCUGGUGGUCUUCAAACAAAAUAACCCCACAAGCCCAGUCCUUUUCUUUUUACCCUAUCACUGAAGGCAGGAGGUAUUUCAAGCUCACAGUUCAUAGACGUUACAGAAAUGUUAUCACCAACUCUUAUAUAGAUCAUGUUAUUAAAGAAGGGAAGGCUGUUGCUGUCAAGAAUCGGCAAAGAAAACUCUACACCAACAAUCCCAGUAAUAAUUGGUAUGGAUGGAAAGCUACCAAGUGGAGCCAUGUGGUGUUUGAGCAUCCUGCAAGUUUCGAUACUUUGGCAAUGGCAACAAAGGAGAAGGAAGAAAUCAUGAAAGAUCUUGUCAAGUUCAGCAAGGGGAAAAGCUACUAUGCUAAGAUUGGGAAGGCUUGGAAGCGUGGUUAUCUCCUUUAUGGUCCUCCAGGAACUGGGAAAUCAACUAUGAUAGCUGCCAUGGCUAAUUUCUUGAACUAUGAUGUCUAUGAUCUUGAGUUGACUACAGUCAAGGACAAUACUGAGCUCAGAAAGCUAUUGAUCGACACGACGAGCAAGUCUAUAAUAGUUAUUGAAGAUAUUGAUUGCUCUCUGGAUCUUACAGGUCAGAGAAAGCCAAAGGAGAAAGAGGAAGAUAAAGAUGAAGAAGGGCAAGAUCCAAUUUCCAAAAAGGAAAAGGAAGAGGAAGCUGAAAACAAGAAAAGCAGCAAGGUAACUUUAUCUGGGCUGUUGAAUUUUAUUGAUGGAAUUUGGUCAGCUUGUGGAGGAGAAAGAAUCAUUGUGUUCACUACAAAUUAUGUGGAAAAGCUUGAUCCUGCUUUGAUCAGAAGGGGAAGGAUGGAUAAGCAUAUAGAAAUGUCCUAUUGUUGCUUUGAAGCAUUUAAGGUUCUAGCUGAGAAUUAUCUAGAUGUCGAAUCCCAUGAACUGUUUGCAAAGAUUCAGAACUUGUUGGAGGAAACGAAGAUGACACCAGCUGAUGUUGCUGAGAAUUUGAUGCCAAAGUCGGAAGACGAAGACGAAGAGACAUGUCUGAAGAAAUUGAUUGCUGCUCUAGAAGAGGCCAAGGAAGAGGAAGGAAGAAAGAAGUCUGAGGAAGAAGCAAAGUUGAAAGCAGAGCAAGACAAAGAGAAAGACCAACCAGCUAAAGAAGAUGAAAAGGGUAAGGAAAUUGGCAUAGCUAAAGAGAAUGGAUUGAUCUCAAAUGGGAAGGAAGAAAUUUCCAUUGAAUCUACGAAGCAGGGAGAUUCAUAGUUGAAGAAGGUGGAUAGGUAAUUGAGAAUUCAUGAAUAAAUUGUUAGAUUCAUAUUUGAGUUUGAUUUUAAGAAUUGUUAGGUUUUGGGUUUCUAGUAAACUUGAGCUAAGCACACCAAAGUUAUUAUCUUGUAAUCUCUGAUUGGCUAGAGCAGACCAUAAUUGACUUCAUGUUCACUGCUGUAGAUUUAACUUUAAGAAAUGGAAUAUAAAUUUGUCUUAAUUCGAUGUUGGA